AUGGAGCACACAUUAGUCGACAAGAGCAUUGCUCUUCGAGACGACGAUCAUGUGGAGAUCACAGUUCUUGACCCCGAUCAACGUGAUGAAAUGCAAAGAGACCGUGAGCGACUACUUCGAUCUCACCGAGAGUUUUCGGCCCAAGUUCCUUCGCAGCACGGGCUGAAGAGACCUUUCCCGUUUGAGAGUUCAUCAGUUCAGAAGAAUGUUGGAGCCAAGCGCUUGCGCAAAGACGCCGGCACUCGAGGUCGUCCGGAAACGCAGGGGACCGUACCAAAAAGUCCCCUAGAUGUCCUGACAGACGAUUUAUUAAUGGAAAUAUUUUCACACCUUCCCCAGCUUCCUUCCAUCCUUACUAUUCGCCAAGUCUGUCAAAGGUGGAAGACGCUUUCUUGUAACCCGCGCUUAUGGAGAGCUCUGUCGUUCGAAGGUCACGAACAUGUCACAUCAAGUAAUGUAAAGGCCCUCUGUAGAAGCAUGUCUACAUUUCCAAUGCUGAAAACGCUUUCCUUAGCCAAGGUCCAUGGCGUUGGUGAUGAGGAAGUAAGAAAUAUCCCUCGAACAUGUGCUGCCUCUCUGCAAGACGUGGACUUAUCUUGGUGCAGUGGAGCGACUGACAAAAGUGUUGUUGAGUUCUCGAGAUGCCCAGGUCUGCGUGAGCUACGGUUGUCACACUGCCGAAGGGUUACGAGGCGGAGUGUUCGCAUUUUGGCAGUGAGAUGUCCGCGAUUACAGGUUCUAGAUAUGAACUGCAUUAGUGGAGUGCGAGAUUCGUUGCUCAAGGUGAUUGGCCAAAACUGCCCCUUUCUCCGCGUGUUGAACAUUGCCAAUGCGCGGAAUGUAACGGAUGAGGGCGUUACGCACAUGACAAGAGGUUGCGUGAGGCUGGAAGUGCUCGAUCUGUCGUGGUGCCUGAGAAUUUCAGACUAUUCAGUUUUGAGGAUCGCUGAAAAUUUACCACAUCUUCGUGAGUUGGGUUUGUCCGAAACGAGGGUGACGGACAUUGGUAUGUCAGAACUGACGAGGUGCUGCACACGGCUACAGAUCUUGCACCUUGCAAGGUGUGUCUACAUAACAGACACUGGAGUCGAUAGCAUCAUUUCUCAUUGUCAAAAGCGAUUGAUCUCUCUAAAUCUAGCGACUUGUGAACUCGUUUCCGACCAGUUCGUUGAACGCUUGAUCAGAGAAUGCCCCAAGCUCAAGAGUCUAGACGUGUCAAAGCUGCCAUGUCGCGAGAUAUCUGGUAUGCUCGACCAGAUUACCAACGCUCGAGAUAUCGAAGUCUAUUUUUGAUUUGAGUUACGCAAGAGAGACGCCGGUAAUCGACGUCAGGAGAACCGUUACGGUCUAUAAUCAGGUACAUUGCAAGCUUUGAUCUUCGCGUACCUCACUUGUAGAAGCUCUUGUUGUCGCUUAUAGCUCAAACUGUGCAUCUGCAGAUGUCACUGUGUGUGAAACAGCAACUGGGGAAAGGCCAGUUUUUGCCGUUCGACAGCUUACCUUCAUUUGUAACACCACUUGUUCUCGUUAUAUAUCUGAUCGGGAUUGGUCACACAACGAGCACGCAUGCCACUAGCGUUGGGCAUCCCAUUGCACGCAACUACUGCAAAUCAAAACAGAUGGAUGGUCAUAUGUGGCUUCCCUACUUGUUCAAAUAUACUUUCGAUGUGCCUCCCGCUUACUCUAAAGAUAGAAAGUGAGGCAUGAGCCUUGUGUUUUUGAGCUAGGGGACAGAUCCAUGUGGUGUUCCACAAGAGGCAAAGGUAUGGCACGCG